AUGACAGUGAAUUGUAUUAAACUACUAUUAAUCCGAGAAUACACUGUUUUAUUGGCGACCAAACGUUCAUUAUCAACAGAUAUAUUCGAUUUAGUACGUGGCAUGGCAUCAUCAUCAUCAAAAAAAAAGAACACCUCACACACGGAUCAAAUAAUAAAAUCAAAAAAGAUUAUCAAAGACCAGGGACAACAGUUAGGAAUAAGUUCACGUAUAAAUUUACAAGUUGUAGCCAAUGGAUAUGCCGGAACAAAAAAAUCUGUUCUUCUAAGUACAGAUCAAACAAAUUAUUUAUUUAAUUGUGGUGAAUCAACACAACGUAUAUUAACAGAGAAAAAUGGUUGGGAUAUGAAAUUUUCGAAAAUAAGUCAAUUAUUUGUCACACGAAAAUCAUGGGAUACACUGGGUGGUAUUGUAGGAUUAUGUAUCAGUUUAAAAGAAUCAAAAUCAACCGAUAUUACAUUUCAUGCACCAUGUGAUAUGCUUGAUCUUUUGAAACAUUGGAAAGGUUUAGAUGGUUUUCCAAAUAUGACAAUUGGUAAAGAUAUUGUUAUACUGUUAUAUAUUUCUACUAAAAAUCAUUCCUUCUUUAUUUUUAAAGAUCAACAUGAUUAUCAAAAGGCUGAUUUUAUUGAUUCUAAUUUUAAAAUUCGUGCAAUUCCAUUAAGAUCAACAAAUUUUUUUACACAUCAGGAAAAUAAGCGACAACGUUUAACAUCUGACAAUGAUCUUGCUGACUUUCAGUUGUAUCCUCACGAUUUAGUUUAUGCUUAUCUGUGUGAAACUCAACCAUAUCCGUCAACUCUAUCGCCAGAACUUUGUGCCUUUCACGGUGUUCCAUUUAAUCAUUUACGUACACAAUUAAAGAAUGGAGAAGAUGUGACUCUAGAAAAUGGUCGUAUAAUUCGAUCUGUCGAUGUUGUAUUACCUGUUGAGCCUCCGGUAAAAGUUUUAGUUUUGGAUUGUCCGUCAUUGUGUUAUAUGGAUGCCAUUGAAAAAAGUGAAAUAAACAAUCAUAAAUAUCAUGCCAUUAUUCAUAUGACUUCACAUGAUCUAUUGACAAAUGCAGCAUAUCGUUCUGAGAUGAAAAAAAUGAACACAACGCAUCAUAUUUUCCUAGAUGAAAAUCAAAAAAAUGUUCAUAGUGAUGCUCUCUAUCGUUAUCAGUCACAAUUGAAUUAUAUAGAUGAUGGUUUAUUUCCUCUACUAAGUUAUCAAACAAUAUUGAAAGAGGGUAUUGCAUUGCCAGCACCAAUUGAUAACAUAAGUCAAGGUAUAACAAGUACCAGAAUCUCAUUACGUCCCGUUUUAGGCCCAGAUAAUUCAAAACAAUAUUUAGUACAGCCAGAAGUAAACAUUGAAGCAAUGUUGGAAAAUGAACAAUUUAAAGAAACAUUUGAAGCUGUUAAACAACAAAUAACAGCCAUGCAUGAAAUAGCAAAAACUGGUCAUAGUAUACCAGAAAUUGUCUUUUUGGGUACAGGAUCAGCAUGUCCUAGUAAACCAAGAAAUAUUAGUGGAAUACUUAUUCAUAUUAAUUCCACAUGCUCUAUGAUAUUAGAUUGUGGCGAAGGUACAAUAGGUCAAAUACAUCGUUUUUAUGGUGAACAAACGAAUGAAAUAUUAUCACAAAUAAAAUUAAUAUUUAUUUCACAUAUGCACAGUGAUCAUCUCGGCGGUUUAUACGGACUAAUCCGUGCCCGUCGUCAAGCAUUCGAACAUCUACAACUGCCCUAUGAAAACGUUUUAUUACUAUGCCCAAAUAAAUUGUCCGAAGUUGGUCGACGACAAUGGUCAUUUUUUAAUGAACAUGAAUUCCAAGAUGAUGUAACACUUGUUUAUAAUCGUUCUCUAACGAAUGGGACAUUAGCAUUAAAUGACUCAGAAAAAUUAACAGAUAACGAUAAAGAGAUGGAGAAAUAUCUGUUGAAAACAUUAGAACAUAUUGGAAUGAAAUUAAUACAAACUGUACUAGUCGAACAUAUUUAUGACGCUCAUGCCGUGGUUUUGAAACAUAUUGAUGGAUGGUCUUUAGCAUUUAGUGGUGAUUGUCGACCAUCGUUAGAUUUUAUUAAAGCGGGUCAAAAUUGUGAUGUUCUCAUUCAUGAAGCAACAUAUGAAGAUGGUUUGGAAAUAUAUGCAUCUCAAAUGCGUCAUUGUACAAUGUCACAAGCUGUCGAUGUUGGAAAACAAAUGAAUGCUAAAUUUAUUAUAUUAUGGCAUUUCAGUCAACGUUAUGCAAAAGUACCAUAUAUGAAACGCACACCUGAUCUAAAAUUAGAGAAUGUUUGCUUGUCAUUUGAUAAUAUGAGAAUAAAAUUGUCCGAUUUACCACGUGCAUGCAAAUUGACCGGAACAUUUGAAAGUUUAUUCAUUAAAGAACAAGUGCUAUAUGAACGACGCAGUCAACGACGUGAAAGAGAUCCAGAAGUAUUAAUGAACAAUGAGCGAAUAAAUUCACAAAAUAAACGACGAGAUCAACGAUAUGCAGUUCCAACUCAACAAUCCACGGAUGUUGUUCAAGAAAAACCACGUGAACAAGAAUCUGUCAACGAACCCCAUGAAAAAAUUAUUCCAUUGUUAGUGCAACGACGUCAUCCUAAUUCUCAACAACGUCUUGAACAAUUAGUUAUUGAUGCUUGGAAUCAAAUUCCACAAUCUGUAAUACGUGGUUAUAUUGACCAUAUUCAAGAUGUUUGUUAUCAAGUAAUAGCGACUCAAGGCUGGGAAAGUUUGGGAUGA